AUGGGUUCUAAUGACGAUGGCAAGCAUGAGGCGAUUUGUUCAAGCGGCACUCUCGAGGUGUUUGAACAGCUGUGGCAUGAGACCUCCUUUAAUAUGGCACAAGAGGAAAUUUUUACUCAACAGCAAUUGGUGCAAGAUUCCCAAAAUGAUAAGUCCAAGUUGAAGGCCGAAGAAAAGGCAAACCCGAUGGAACAUGCGAACGCGAUAGAGCAGCAAAGACACCUCGAAUUUAUGCGUCAAGUUGAUGAUGUUCCUUCUAUUAUCAACGUAUUUUAUCACUCCACUAGAAAUUUCAUGAAAGAGCCUGAUCGCAAUCUCAUUCUGCAUGAUUUGUUUAACGCAUUGUUUAUUUUUACUGACCUCGUUAUGAUCACAAAUUGUGCGCAUCUUACUGGAUGUAUCGUACAUUUCGGGACUCCAGUCGAUUCCUGA